AUGCAGAACCAAAGCUUUGUAACUGAAUUUGUCCUACUGGGGCUUUCACAGAAUCCAAAAGUUCAGAAAAUAGUAUUUGUUGUAUUGUUAUUUGUAUACCUAGCAGCUGUUGGGAGCAACUUGCUAAUUCUAGUGACCAUCCUCUGUAGCCCUGUCCUGCUGGGCUCCCCCAUGUAUUUCUUCUUGGCUUUCCUGUCUUUCCUGGAUGCCUGCUUCUCCUCCGUCAUCACCCCGAAGUUGAUUGUGGAUUCCCUCAAUGAGAGGAAAACCAUCUCCUUUGAAGGUUGCAUGACCCAGAUCUUUGCUGAACAUUUCCUGGCUGGUGCAGAAGUGAUCGUCCUCACGGUCAUGGCCUAUGACCGCUAUGUGGCCAUUUGCAAGCCUCUGCACUACUCUUCUAUCAUGAACUGGAGGCUCUGUGGGAUCCUGGUGGGGGUGGCCUGGGCAGGUGGUUUCUUGCAUUCCAUCAUCCAAAUGAUUUUUACUUUCCAGCUUCCCUUUUGUGGCCCUAAUGUCAUUGAUCACAUCAUGUGUGACUUGUACCCAUUGCUGAAGCUGGCCUGCACUGAUACUCACCUCUUUAGAAUUGUGGUGAUUGCAAACAGUGGGCUGAUCUGUAUUGUCAUCUUCUCUUUGUUGCUUGUCUCCUACAGUGUUAUCUUACUCUCUCUGAGAACAUAUAGUGCUGAAGGGAGGGGAAAAGCUCUCUCUACCUGUGGGUCUCACAUUACUGUUGUGAUUUUGUUCUUUGCCCCAUGCAUUUUUAUGUACGUAAGACCUCCAUCUGCUUUCGCCUCUGAUAAGGUAGUGGCAAUAUUUUGCACUGUUCUAACUCCCUUGCUCAAUCCUUUGAUUUACACUUGCAGGAAUAAAGACAUGAAAAAUGCCAUGAAAAAAUUGUGGAAACAGUUGGUGUUGGUUUCUAAUAAAAAUUAA